AGCUUCCGCUUUCACAACUUCUCUUCGAUCAUCUCUCGGAGGACACGUCCGAUGCUUCUCCGAUCUCCAUAAUCGUCCCACUCCACAUAGCCAAUUGCAAGAAGAUCCACCGUCGCUGCGUUUCUGGCGAUUAAGGAGGAACAAGGAUCUGAUCUCAAUUGAGUUUUCGUGGCUAAGCUCCCACUCUACCGCAUCGGCUCGAUCCUUCACCAUUGUCUCGUACACUGAGAGCUUCUAUACAUACGCCAUUGAACCCAAAGAAACACUUCAAAGAGUAGAAUCCGGGAAAAAUUCUGGAUCUCUUUCUCCGAUCCCGAUCUCUCCAGUACAUUUGGUCUCGUUAGAUAGCGCUACAUGCUUCGUGUGUGUUUUGGUGUUUGAGCGAAGAAGCUGGGACCAGCUAUGAGGUAUCAGAAUCACCAUCCUUCGGGAAGUAGAAACUCGUUCCAUGGAGGAGAGUUCAACAAACCGUCCAAAGUUGCUGUGGCGUCUAUGAUCAACUCCGAGAUCGGCGCAGUUUUGGCUGUGAUGAGGAGGAACGUACGUUGGGGUGUUCGCUACAUUGCGGAUGAUGAUCAGUUGGAGCAUUCUCUUAUCCAUUCUUUGAAAGAAUUGCGUAAGCAGAUAUUCUCAUGGCAAAGCAAUUGGCAAAACGUUGACCCCAAGCUGUACAUACAGCCCUUUCUGGAUGUUAUACUCUCUGAUGAAACCGGGGCUCCCAUCACCGGCGUUGCUUUGUCCUCUGUCUACAAGAUCUUGACCCUUGAUGUUUUUACGCUUGACACCGUGAAUGUGGGAGAGGCGAUGCAUAUCAUAGUGGAUGCUGUGAAAAGCUGCCGUUUUGAGGUGACUGAUCCUGCCUCCGAGGAAGUGGUUUUGAUGAAGAUACUUCAGGUUCUUCUGGCUUGUAUAAAGUGUAAGGCGGCUAGUGGGUUGAGUAAUCAAGAUAUUUGCACCAUCGCCAACACCUGUUUGCGUGUUGUUCACCAGUCUAGCUCCAAAAGUGAGCUGUUGCAGCGUAUAGCACGCCAUACGAUGCAUGAGUUGGUUAGAUGUAUCUUCUCUCAGCUUCCUUAUAUCACCCCGCUGGCUAAUGAAUGUGAAUUACCCGUCGGCGAUAAGGUGGGAACAGUGGACUGGGAUCAGAAUUCUGGAGAAAACACAGUUGAAAAUGGAAGUAUUGAUAGCGUAUCUGAUACUCUCGGCGUUGUGAAAGAUUCUCCAAGUUCUGAGAUGGUUAUUCCAGAAACAGUACUCAAAAAAGAUGAAAAGGGAGCCGAGGUCAGUGAUGACUUAAAUGUUGCUGCGAAUGGUGAAAAUGCAAUGUUGGCGCCUUUUGGUAUUCCAUGCAUGGUAGAGAUUUUUCAUUUCCUGUGUACUCUGUUGAAUAUUGGAGAAAACAGUGAAGUCAAUUCCAGAUCUAACCCUAUAGCAUUUGAUGAAGACGUUCCUCUUUUCGCUCUGGGUUUAAUUAAUUCUGCUAUAGAACUUGGAGGCUCUUCUUUCCGUGAGCACCCAAAGUUGUUGAGUUUGAUUCAGGAUGAGUUAUUCUGUAACUUGAUGCAGUUUGGUAUGUCGAUGAGCCCUCUGAUUCUUUCUACAGUUUGCAGCAUCGUUCUUAAUCUCUACCUGACUCUCCGUACUGAACUUAAGGUACAGCUUGAAGCUUUCUUCUCAUGUGUACUUCUGAGGAUUGCACAGACCAAGCAUGGCUCGUCUUACCAGCAACAGGAGGUUGCUAUGGAAGCUCUGGUUGAUUUUUGCAGACAACAUACUUUCAUGGCUGAAAUGUUUGCGAAUUUCGAUUGUGAUAUAACAUGCAGUAAUGUGUUCGAAGAUGUUUCAAAUUUGCUAUCAAAGAGUGCCUUCCCAGUUAACGGGCCUUUAUCUGCUAUGCACAUAAUUGCAUUGGAUGGGUUAAUCUCCAUGGUUCAGGGAAUGGCUGAAAGGGUUGGUGAGGAAUUGCCGGGUUCAAAUGUUUCGACACAUGAAGAAGGAUACGAAGCAUUUUGGACAGUGAGAUGUGAGAGCUACGGAGAUCCUAAUUUAUGGGUUCCCUUUGUCCGAAAGUCAAAGCACAUCAAGAAAAAGCUGAUGGUUGGUGCUGAUCAUUUUAACAGUGAUCCUAAAAAAGGUCUGCAGCAACUCCAAGCGAUGCACUUGUUACCUGAAGAACUUGAUCCAAAGAGUGUGGCAUGUUUCUUCAGGUAUACAUGUGGGAUAGAUAAGAACCUUAUAGGAGAUUUCUUGGGAAAUCAUGACCAGUUCUGUGUUCAGGUUCUUCACGAGUUUGCUAAGACGUUUGACUUCCAGAAUAUGAAUCUUGAUAACGCCCUGCGUCUCUUUGUGGGGACAUUUAGAUUGCCUGGCGAGUCGCAGAAGAUACAGAGGGUGCUUGAAGCGUUUUCUGAGAGAUACUAUGAGCAGUCACCACAGAUAUUGAUUGAUAAAGACGCUGCCCUCUUGUUAUCUUAUUCGAUUAUCUUGCUGAACACAGAUCACCACAACACUCAGGUCAAGAAAAAGAUGACUGAAGAAGAUUUCAUCCGUAACAACAGGUGCAUAAAUGGAGGCGCAGAUCUUCCCAGGGAAUAUUUAUCUGAGCUGUAUCAUUCAAUCUGCGACAGUGAGAUUCAGAUGAUCCCAGAUCAAGGAACCGGUUUCCAAAUGAUGACCUCCAGUCGGUGGAUUAGUGUGAUUUACAAGUCCAAAGAAACCAGUCCCUAUAUCAUAUGUGACAGCGCAUCGUAUCUGGACCGUGACAUGUUUCAUAUCGUGUCCGGUCCCACUAUUGCAGCUACAUCAGUGGUUUUUGAGCAAGCAGAGCAAGAAGAUGUUCUGCAGAGAUGUGUUGAUGGGUUAUUGGCCAUUGCAAAACUUUCAGCGUAUUACCAUUUGAAUAGUGUAUUGGAUGAUCUGGUCGUGUCUCUCUGCAAAUUCACGCCGUUCUUUGCCUCGUUAUCUGUUGAUGAAGCUGUUCUUGCUAUAGGAGAAGAUGCCAGAGCAAGAAUGGCUACUGAAACUGUGUUCUUGAUCGCAAACAAAUACGGCGACUAUAUCACUUCGGGAUGGAAAAACAUACUGGAAUGUGUCUUGAGCCUCCACAAACUCCAGAUUUUACCAGCUCAUAUAGCUAGUGAUGCUGCGGAUGACCCUGAGGAAGAAAGACCUUUAGCAAAUCCCUUAUCAGUAGUAUCACAGGUACAACCCUCAGAGACCCCUCGAAAAUCCUCUAGUUUUAUCGGUCGGUUUAGCCAGCUUUUGUCCUUUGACAUGGAGGAGACGAAGCCAUUAUUACCUACCGAGGAAGAACUUGCAGCCUAUAAGCACGCUCGUGGUAUAGUGAAAGAUUGUCAUAUUGAUAGCAUAUUCUCAGACAGCAAGUUUCUCCAAGCUGAGUCUCUGCAACAGCUAGUAAACUCUCUCAUAAAGGCAGCCGUGAAAGAUAAAGCUAGUGCUGUCUUUUGCCUGGAGCUUUUGAUUGCAGUAACUCUAAACAACCGAGACAGAAUCCUACUGAUCUGGCAAACUGUUUACGAGCACAUCUCGGGUAUAGUUCAAUCAACGACGACACCAUGCCCGCUUGUGGAAAAGGCUGUGUUUGGUGUGUUGAAGAUUUGUCAGAGAUUAUUGCCUUACAAGGAGAAUCUAACAGAUGAGCUUCUGAAAUUACUCCAACUGGUUCUCAAACUUGAUGCAAGAGUGGCUGAUGCAUACUGUGAGCCCAUAACGCAAGAAGUAGCCCGUCUUGUAAAAGCGAAUGCAUCUCACGUCAGAUCUCAUGUUGGUUGGAGAACAAUCAUAUCUCUGAUAUCAAUCACAGCUCGACAUCCAGAAGCUUCUGAUGCUGGAUUCGAAGCUCUCCGGUUUAUAAUGUCAGAAGGAGCUCACUUGUUGCUAGCAAACUACAUUCUCUGUUCGGAUGCAGCUAGGCAGUUUGCUGAAUCCCGUGUCGGGGAAAUCGAUCGGUCUAUCUCAGCCAUCGACUUAAUGUCAAACUCUGUGUUCUGUCUUGCUAGGUGGUCUCAAGAGGCGAAAAACUCGGUGGGAGAAGAUGAAGCUAUGAGGAAACUAAGUCAAGACAUCGGAGAGAUGUGGCUCAGGCUUGUGAACAACUUCAAAAGAGUUUGUCUUGAUCAACGCGACCAAGUGAGAAACCACGCCAUCUCAAUGCUACAGAGAUCAAUAGCCGGUGCAGACGGAAUCAUGUUACCACAACCAAUAUGGUUCCAAUGCUUCGACGCCGCAAUCUUCCCGUUGCUAGACGAACUGCUCGCUGUUUCAAUCGAGAAUUCAAGAAAGACAUUCAAGAAAACAGUUGAAGAAACGCUUGUGCUGGCAACAAAGCUCAUGUCAAAGGCCUUUCUUCAAGCUCUCCAAGACAUCUCGCAGCAGCCAUCGUUCUGCAGACUCUGGCUUGGUGUAUUGGACCGUAUGGAGACUUACAUGUCGACCAAAUUCAGAGGGAAACGCAGCGAGAGAGUCCAUGAACUCAUACCGGAACUGCUGAAGAACACGUUGCUGGUGAUGAAGACGACGGGUGUUUUACUACCGGGUGAUGAUAUUGGAAGUGAUAGUUUCUGGCAACUGACUUGGCUUCAUGUCAAGAAGAUAUCUCCUUCUCUGCAAUCUGAAGUGUUCCCUCAAGAGGAGCUUGAUCAGUUUCAGAGACGAAACGCUAAGCCUGAGGAUACUCCGGUGGUACCGGAACACUAAGGCUGAGAACGGUGGUGGAGUAGUGAGGAUUUGUUUUAUACAGAAGAAGAAAAGCACUAUUGAAGAAGUUUUUUUUUAGAAACUAUAUCGAAAUAUUAUAUCUUUGCAGUAUAGCCUUUUGUUUGAAUAUAGUACUUUGGAGUUUUUGGAUUUUUAUGGAAUGUCACGUUGGAAUUAUGGCUAUUGAUCUCUGUAGCACAAAUCGGCUCUUGCGAUUCAGGGAAGCGUUGGUCGCAAGUUGCACAAAUCGGCUCUUGCGUUACCAAUAGAACGAACAGAUAAAAUGAACAGUUGAACUGAACUUGUGUUUCCAACCCAUUCAUGUAUUUUUUGUCUGAAAUGGAAUAAUCUCAAAAUAGAGUUCACCUUUUCUAAAAUAUUAUUACUUUAUUUUUACUUCAAAAUACAAAUUUAAAUAUUCUCAUUGUGUUCAAAAAAAAAAUUAAUUAGUCAAAAAAUUGAAAUUAAAAUGAAAACUACAGUAAUCCACAUUACUAAACAGAAACAAAGAUAUGAUAAUUUUAAAGAUAUGCAUGUCAAAUUCAAAGAUAAUAAUUUUAUAUAGCUUCACAUUUUUUUUGUCAUCUUUUUUUUUUGUCAUCAUAGCUUCACAAAUUAUAGUUGUUUAUUCACUACAAUUUGCAUAUUAUCAUGUUUAAGUAGUAGGAUAAAUUUUUUCGCGUCAGGCUACCUACCACAAUUAUGAAACCUUACUAAUUUUCAAGGAUUUAAAAAUAUUUUUCUGAAAAUAUUUUUACCCUGGCUCAAUUAAAUCAUUUUAUCAACUAAUAAAAAAAAAAAGUUAGUACAUAUAUCACAGAAAAUUGGAAUCUCCUUUCAAAUAAUUUUUGAACGACACCUCUGUCUCUCUAUAUUAAAAUAUUUUCAUCUAUCAUUUUGAGACCAAAUUUUCAAUCUUGCAAUUUGAAAAUUUUAAUUAACAUUUUAAUUUGUUUUAUUUUAAAAAAAUCUUACUAUUUUAUUACUUAUUAGUUAUUUAUAUCAUUUCACCAUUAUGUGUCAUAAUUAGACCUGAGACUUUUAUCCGAGAUUCGAUCCGGAUUCGAUCCAAAAAUCCGGAUAUCCGGAGGGGGCGAAUCCGGAUCCGGAUAAUAAAAUGUUGGAUUUGUCAAAGCCAGAUCCGGAUCCGGAUAUUUUAAUUUUGUAGUCCGGAUAUUCGGAUCCGUAAGUUUUAAUUAACAUUUUAAUUUAUUUUAUUUUUAAAAAUCUUACUAUUUUAUUACUUAUCUGUUAUUUAUAUCAUUUCACCAUUCUGUGUCAUAAUAAAACAAAUUCUUUUAAAUGUUUUUUUAUCAGCUACUUGUUUUCAACCGCAGUUUUCUUAGCCUACAUACCGUACUCAAAACUCUUUUGACAACUUUGCUAAAAUGAUAUAAAAUUAUAAAUGUUAUAUGAUUUUGUUAAAACUUUUUUAAUCUACUAAUUAAACAAUGAAUCGUUAAUACACAUAAAAAAAUUUAAAUUUUUGAUUUCAAGAUUUGUUGAAAUUAAUGGAUGUAAAAUUAAAUAGAGAAAUUCACUAUAAUAGUUUCCAAAAUAAAUUUAAAACAAAAUAAACAUAAAAGAAAAGAUGUAGAGAAACGACAGGUGCCUGCUGGUGUAGGAAAGAAGCAGUGCAAGUGGAUGUAGCGAAUAAUUACCUAAUCCCGUUGAACAUAUUCCCAGAGUAAUAAUAAAAUUCAAUCUGCCGUCUUCCCUUCACCGGAUCACCUUCCUUCCUUCCUUUGGAUCUAUCUUCCCAUUCCGACGGUUCUUCGUUUCUCAGAGUAUCAAUCUACCUUGGAACAAUGAGUGAAGUGUUUAACGGGUACGAGCGCCAAUACUGCGACCUCUCCGCCAAUCUUUCCAAGAAAUGCUCCUCUGCUAUUGCCCUUGACGGAG